AUGGAGACGCAUGCCGUUUCGGAGAAGAAAGCAACCAACCCGAUGCGGGAGAUCGUUGUGAAGAAACUCUGCCUCAACAUUUGUGUUGGCGAGUCGGGCGAUCGUCUCACUCGCGCCUCGAAGGUGUUGGAGCAGCUGUGCGAGCAGACCCCGGUACUCUCUCGCGCCCGCCUGACGGUGCGGACGUUUGGCAUCCGCCGUAACGAGAAGAUUGCUGUACACUGCACCGUCCGCGGCAAGAAGGCCGAGGAGCUCCUUGAGAAGGGCCUCAAGGUGAAGGAAUUUGAGCUGAAGAGCUACAACUUCUCCGACACGGGCUCCUUCGGCUUUGGCAUCAGCGAGCACAUUGACCUUGGCAUCAAGUACGACCCCUCCACCGGCAUUUACGGCAUGGACUUUUACGUCGUGCUUGGCCGCCGUGGCGAACGCGUGGCGCACCGCAGGCGCAAGACGAGCCGUGUGGGGUGCCCCCACCGUGUGAGGAAGGAAGAGGCAAUGCAUUGGUUUGAGAGGACAUACGAUGGCAUCAUCUUCCAGGCCAAGAAGAAGAAGGUGAUGACUCGCCGCCGUCGUCGUUAA